AUGGACAACCGAACCUUCACAACCGACUUGGGUCGAACCAGUAAAGCCAAGAAGUGUUUCUCUAUGCACAGUGAGCGUAACAAACCAUCCAACCCGGCGCGUCCUACCCGGAUCUCUAGCCAAACGGAUGAAGAUCGCGAAUUUAUUAAGAACAAGAGCAAGUGGUACAAACGUGCAUUCGCUGCAGCGUGUCCAAGGUUCAAACGAUUUCUCGAAUCAUAUCGGCCGUCCAGCACAUCGAGAUGCGAUGCUCCUUCGCUAUCACACAAGCUCCGACGCAGCUUCACACCCGCAAAGAAGAACGAGAACUUCAAAAGGAAGGUGGAUGUCUCCUUAUGGGACAAAGAUCGCCGUCAAUGGUCAAAAUCCAAUCCUGGCGUUGUUCUUGUGGAUACGCAAAGCAAGUACAACUUGGUCACUCCUCAAUUUCUAGAGGUGUUUGGUCUGUCACCUAGCCCCAGUACGGAACCGAUCAGGAUAACACUCAGCGAUAAUACCGAGGUGCCGUGCUUGGGCGAGGUCAAAGCAAGGUGGUGGUGCAGCGAUUCUCGAAAAGUCCCCAAUUUCCGACCAAAAUAUGAAAUGUCGACCUUUUACGUGGUAGAUCUGGAGAUAUUCGAACUCGUGAUUGGGAGUGAUACAAUCGUAGAGCUGGGGCUCUUACAAGGGAAACGCGAUUUCUUCGGUGCUUAUCGAACUUUGGUCCCUCCGGGCGACUCUGACACAAUUGCUAAAAAACAGCGAGAGGCUGAAGAAAGACGCAAGAAAGAGCAAGAGGAGAUGAGGAAGUAUGAACAGGCACAAGCAGCCAAGGCACGGAAACACUGA